AUGGAAAUGAUCGCAGUCUUCAGCUGGGCGCGUGGGACUGAGGCUGACGCCGAGCAAGCCGCCUCGAGCUCUCAACAUGCAUGUCGCCCGCUGAAGAAUGUGAUGGCCGCAGAAGAAAGGGGCAUGAGGAUUCCCUCCCGGCCAGAACCAGGCAUUGCAUUGAGCCCGCCCUCACGUAAAAGUAAUCUUCUUCCCCAUCAGGCUCCGGUACGCAUCAUCGACAGCCUUGCGCUUCCGGCCCGCCUCCUCGGCCGCCGGCCCGCCCUCGGCCGACACAUCGUCCGCGUCCGCGUCCGCGUCCUCGUCGUCCCGCCCCUCCGCCAGCCGCGGCGCCCACACCCGGAUCUGCCCGUCCAGGUGCCCGCUGUACACGGCGCCAGCCAUGUUCGCCCCGCCCAUGCCCACGCCGCUCGACGCGCCGCCGCCGCCGGCCCCCCUCCACGCGAUGCUCGUCACCCGGUUCCGGACCGUCCUCUCGCCGCGCACGCCACCGCCGCCGCCGGCGCCGCCGCCGCUGGAGCCACCGCCGCGUUGUGCCGCCGGCGCCGAGGUCCUGACGCCCGACACCUGCGGCCCGAUGCCGCGCAGGCGCGUCACGACGCCGCCGUCGUGCAGGUCCAGCACCAGGAUCUCCGUCUCGUUGGGCCAGAAGAGCAGCUCGCCGCGCGGCGGCGCGAGCCCGGCGGGCGACGCGAACAUGGCCACGCUCGCGAGCCCGCCGUUGCGGAUCGUCGGGCCGAAGCUGGCGAGCGUGUUGGCGCCCGUCGCCGCGUCCCAGACGCGGAUGCGCCGGUCGUGGCCCGCCGACACGACGUACGCGCCGUCGUCGGUCCACGCGAGCCCGUUGACGGGCCCGCUGUGCGCCCGCGCCGAGAGCCGGAUCCCGCGGUCCUGCAGCGAGCUCCCGCCUCCGCCUCCGCCUCCUGCCGACGACGAGGUACCCCCGCGCGUGACGAUGCCCAGGCUGUCUUCCUGGUCGAGCAGGGCCACGAGCCCGCUGGCCCUCCUGACGUCCCAUAUGCGCACCGUGCCGUCGACCGCGCCGCUGGCGAGGACGUGCUCGUGCCGCGGGGACCACGCCGCGGAGAGGACGGCGCCUGUCGCAGCGCCGACCGCGCCGGGUGCCACGAGGGACUGGACUGCAGAGCCCGACCGCAGGUCCACCAGCCGCACGGCCGGGUGCUGCGUACCGCAGGCGACCAAGAGGUGGUCCGCGAUCGGGGAGAUGGCGUGCGUGUAGACCUUGGCGCCGAGCUCGAAGGAUGCCGAGAGCUGGGUGGUCUCCGUGUCCCACAGCUUGAGGGUCUGGUCGUACGACGACGAGAGGAAGGCGGCCGAGUCGAAGGGGUAGAAGGAGAGGUGGGUGACACCGAAGCGGUGGCCCUGCGACUUUCUCGGCCUCGCGCCCGCGGCAGGGGGCUGCGACUGAGACGCCUGCGAGCGGAGGAUCUGGGCUACGGGCUUGUAGGUGAAGCUGUUGUUGGGGUUGCCGGCCUGCUGAAGAUCCCAGAGCCGGAUAGUCGCGUCUGA